UGGCUGGUUACGCCCCGCCCCCGCCCAUAAAAUUCAAUGGAAAUUUCCAGUCUGUCUACUCACACAGGAACCGGCGAAGAGAGCAGAGGAAGACUAUCAGCGGCCCGAAACAAGCAUAAAGAAGCACUAAAAGACAAUACUUUGGACUUUAUUCAUUGAUCUGACUGAAGAGCAUCUGGACCUACGUCACUACUUUUACACUUCUACCUUCAUCUAAUUCAAAGUCAUCAUGUCUCAGCAACACAUUAGCCUCCCAGCCAAGCUCAUUAAUGGAGGCAUUGCUGGCAUUGUUGGGGUCACUUGCGUCUUCCCCAUUGACCUGGCAAAGACCCGGUUGCAGAAUCAGAGACAAGGUCAGCAGGUCUACAAGAGCAUGAUGGACUGCCUUGUCAAGACAGUUCGAGCAGAGGGUUACUUUGGAAUGUACAGAGGUGCUGCUGUAAAUCUGACCCUGGUCACUCCUGAGAAGGCAAUCAAGCUGGCUGCUAAUGACUUCUUCAGACAUCGGCUCGCUAAGGAUGGAAAGGGUCUGACAGUGUUCAGAGAGAUGCUGGCAGGUUGUGGUGCAGGCAUGUGCCAGGUGAUUGUCACCACCCCGAUGGAAAUGCUCAAGAUUCAGCUCCAGGAUGCAGGCAGACUCGCUGUCCAGCAGCAAAAACCAGUCAUGAUGUCUCCCACUAAGCUCGUGACCACCAACACCAUGCUCAGCCGCUCCUACAACUCUGGCAUGGUGGUCUCAGCACCGCGAGCUGUGUCUGCCACCCAAAUCGCUAAGGAGCUCCUCCAAACGCAGGGAAUCCAGGGGCUCUACAAAGGCCUGGGGGCGACACUGAUGAGGGACGUGCCCUUCUCAAUCGUCUACUUUCCGUUGUUCGCGAACCUGAACCGUCUGGGUCAGCCCAGUCCUGGGGAGUCGUCACCCUUCUAUUGGGCUUUCCUCUCUGGCUGUGCUGCAGGAUCUACUGCUGCUGUGGCUGUUAAUCCCUGUGAUGUGGUGAAGACUAGACUGCAGUCACUGAACAAAGGAGCCAAUGAGGAGGCUUACAAUGGAGUUAUGGAUUGUGUGAGUAAAAUAAUGAGGAAGGAGGGACCAUCGGCCUUCCUGAAAGGUGCUGGCUGCAGAGCUCUGGUCAUCGCUCCUCUGUUCGGCAUUGCGCAGGUUAUGUACUUCGCUGGCAUUGGUGAAUACAUCAUGGACAACUCACCUCUGAGCCUCCUGUCGCCAUGAGCAUAUCAACUAGCUGGCUAUGCACGGGACCUUUCUGAGCAUCAGUGGUGGAACGACUGGCAGCUACUGUAUGAACCAUCAGUUUACAAGUCUUGUCUGAGUGAGUCAGAAAGACUUCAGGGUGUGAAGAGACCUAAGAUUUCAUCUUCUGUGGUCUGACAGCUGUGUUGCACUUAAAACACUUUUGUGACUUAUUAUUCAGAGGGCUGUGGCCAACGUUUGCACUUGAAGCUGUUAGCCUUACUGGACUGUGGGUGACUCAGAGUUGCAGUGUUUAUUCUUUCUUUGUCCCCAGCAGUCCUGUUGUUUCCCUCUGUGAGGGAGGGGAGCUCACUCCAUCGAAGAGACAGAUCUGUUUUUGUGUUUCUCAUGCGAUCACCUUUCAUAGUCGUCUGUAUGUGUAUGCUAAAUUAAUUUUAAUUUGAAUAAACUGCAGCAGCUUGCAGGGCUCUGUAUGUUUUUCCUCCAUUUCAGUCUGUCUCAUGUUACAAAGCCUUAAGUUGAAUAAAAAGGCUUAAAAUGGGAGAUACAAAGGGCCCAACUAACACCAUUCAAUGCAAAGGGAUUUUUUUAAUUUAUAUAUUAAUUUUUAACACAUUUCAGCAAAAACUGUCAGUGUUUAUAUGAGUGAUUAUGAACCUUCCUACUAACAUGGGACCAUUAACAUGCCAAACCAUCAAAGUGUCCUGCUACAUACUUGAUAUUCACCCUACAGUCGUUUGGUUGUUGGCAAAAAAUUGUAUCUUAAUAUCUGCAAAAACUUGAGAUGCAUCCAUGCACAUUAUAUGUAUGUAUGUGUUUUGUUUAACCUUGGUUGAUACAUUUAAAUAUGCAGACCUACUACUUCGCUAAAAAUAAUAAUAAUUUAAGUUCAUGCCUUAAAAUGAUCAGAUUGACAUUGAUCUGUGAAGAAAUGAGGCUCCUGGCCAAGAAAACAGCAUUAUUACUGUGACUGUGAGCAUGUGAAACAUUACUGUUACUAUAUAUAUAUUAUUUUUUUUGUGAUGGCUUUUUGUACAUACCGUUAUACAUACAUUAAAAUUUUGCAAUGCA